AUGGCAAUGAUCAGCACGGCCGCGCAAGCUAUAUCCCCCACCGCCUCAUUGAUCAAAACCCCAUCGGACCUGCACGGCUCGCUGGUCGGGUCUUACGAGGAAUCCAUUCUAACCGGCCGGAUGUCCUCCUUACCAUCCAAACCCAUCCUGUUCCUCGCUGAAAUUGGGGUUGUGGGUCAUGGAAAGUGCCCACCGGGAUUGAGGUGCCCGCCGCAUGUGUCUGCGCCGUUCAACGCGUUCUACUAUGAGGUUGGGGAAGAGGAGAGCGUCACACCUUAUGUCGGAUGUGUGGACGUUGCCGCUGCUGCUUCUGCCAGCGCCAAUGCAUUGCAAGAAGCAGCAUCAAGGGAUGCAAUGGGGAUCGACGUCGCUGGUGUGUCGAAUCGUCACAACGGCGACAACCCAAGACGACCCAAAAGGGAUGGAUACCGCAUUCCGCCGAAAGGACAGCUUCAGAUCGUGAUCAAGAACCCGUCGCGCACGGCCAUCAAGUUGUUCUUGCUACCGUAUGAUUUCCGCGAUAUGCCGCCGAACAGUAAGACGAUCCUAAGGCAAAAAUCUUACUCGUUCUCCGGCACGCCUGGGACAAGCACGAGUUCGGUUCCUAGCACGCCUAUUUCCCACCAGAAAAGCGGUACGGCGUCAGUUUCGACUACGACAACCGCAGCGGGAGUUCGCCACCACUCCAAGGACCCUUUUGAAUCCACGAAUACCCAUCUUGCACCCCACAGCACAGAAGCUAAACCACCGCGCCCGCACUCCGCCUCCGUGACACCCACCCACCACGCCAAACCACCCAUCCACCCCUCCACGACUCCAUCCACAACCACCACCCCGUCGCCAGCAAAACAACACCUCCGCUACGCAAUCCACAUCCCCAUCUUCCGCACCGCCAAAAGCGUCUACAUCGGCCCGACUCUCCGCGUCGUCUUCUCCCACCGCGCGGUCGACGGCGACGAGAAGGUGGUGGUUGUCAGUGAAGGGUUUGGCACCGGCGAGGGACGAUAUGUCGCUUUUGGGGCGGGCUUCAGGUGA